UCGGUGGCAGGCACCAUUGCGGAGGAACGUACGUUAUGCCGAAUUUUGUUCUUUCCGCGGCCCAUUGCAUGGUCAGAUACGUCCACAAAUAUUGGGAGGCGGAAAAUCCACGGUUUUACGUCAUUGUCGCAGGAACAACGAAUCUCUGGUACACGCCAUCCUGGCAAAUAGUCACCGUUUCCGCAGUCUUUCCUCAUGCGGGAUUCGACUUCAUCACGAUGGCCAACGACAUCGGAAUGUACAAGUUAACUCGAGCUUUGCAACUUACCCCAUACGUCAGUUACGCUCCGUUGCCUCUCGCUGUAGAUGACAGCAUAUAUCGAAAAAAAAACCAAAUCUGCAGCGUGAUCGGAUGGGGAAAAACUACUCAGGAUAGUUCAGUUUUAUUGGGCAUAAAACCGAGUGCACAUGCUCGAGCGCAGUAGGGCGGAGCACUACCCGAGGUAGUUUUGCGCAAAACGAAGCCUAUGAGGGGGAAGAAGGAUUACUUAUGGUGCUGAAAUCGCAGAUUAAUUGAUGAAAAUCGGAAUGGCUACACUGCUUGCAACCUUCAGCGGACAUCACAGCGUAACUUGGUUAUUUGUGGCUGAAAUUGUUCAAAAAAAUGCACAAAAACUGUUCGAAAUAUGAGUGAAAUGAUGCCGAAAUUCGAUUAAAUUCUAAUUAAUUCUUCCCGCCCGAAAAAAAUUUCAAAAAAUCACUGUCAAAAAGCCUCCUAAUGUGGUUUCCCCCCUUAAGAGCACAUUCGUGUGGAAACAUCAAAAAGUACUGAAUUUUGUAUAAUAAUUUCCAAGUGGGCUUUGAAUCGAGAAUUGAAAAAUUUCUAAUACGCAGUUAUCAUUAAAUUAAACCGAUUAAAAUUGAAUUAUUUAUGAUGAAAA